CAAUUAGAAAUGAUUCAGAAUAUCCACAGUUAUACAGCAAAGCUUGCCAAGCAAGCUAAUCGAUUCAGCACCUUUACACAAGAAACAGUAAAGGAACAAACUAACGAAUAUACACGAACAACUCGCAUACAACCAACAGACCAAUGGCUGCUUCAAUAUUCGGCUAAAAAUAGCUAUAAACUACGGCAAAAGCGAACAACAACGCUAUCCCCAAUGCCAAAUAUGACCUAUCCUGAAGGAAUACCUUGUCAAACUUAUUACCCACGCGCAUGA